UGCACGGUCAGUUCCAUGAUCUUAUGGAACUCUUUAGAAUUGGAGGCAAAUCACCAGAUACAAACUAUCUGUUCAUGGGCGACUAUGUAGACAGAGGUUACUAUUCAGUGGAGACUGUGACUCUUCUUGUGGCAUUAAAGUUUCUUCACAAGAUUACUCUGAUUUCUUACCCCUCCUGUCAAGACUCAACUCAAGUUCUUCUUCCAUGAAGUCUUCAACCAUUUUCGCCUCACUCCUUUCCUCUAAAUGACCAUGAAACCUACUGCCCCACCCCUUAUUUAUGUUGCAUAGCCGUUUAUUGCCUUGUGUUAUUUAGUUCACAUCCUCUUUAGUGAGGUUUUGAGGAGCAGAAGUCAUGUAUUAUACUUGUGGCAACCUCACCUAACUUUAGCACUGAGUUUAAUGCUGGACAUAUAUGAUGGAUGCUUAGAAAAUAUGUAUGAAUGGAAGUGCGGUAUCCAGAACGCAUUACAAUAUUAAGAGGAAACCAUGAAAGCCGGCAAAUUACCCAAGUGUAUGGCUUUUAUGAUGAGUGCCUGCGAAAGUAUGGAAAUGCCAAUGUUUGGAAAUAUUUUACAGAUCUGUUUGAUUAUCUUCCACUUACAGCUUUAGUAGAUGGACAGAUUUUCUGCCUCCAUGGUGGCCUCUCUCCAUCCAUUGAUACACUGGAUCAUAUAAGGGCCCUGGAUCGUUUACAAGAAGUUCCACAUGAGGGCCCGAUGUGUGAUCUGUUAUGGUCAGAUCCAGAUGAUCGUGGUGGAUGGGGUAUUUCACCACGUGGUGCUGGCUAUACGUUUGGACAAGACAUUUCUGAAACAUUCAAUCAUGCCAAUGGUCUCACACUGGUUUCUCGCGCUCACCAACUUGUAAUGGAGGGAUACAAUUGGUGUCAUGAUCGGAAUGUGGUUACCAUUUUCAGUGCACCCAAUUACUGUUAUCGUUGUGGGAACCAGGCUGCUAUCAUGGAAUUAGAUGACACUUUAAAAUAUUCCUUCCUUCAGUUUGACCCAGCACCUCGUCGUGGAGAGCCUCACGUCACCCGGCGCACCCCAGACUACUUCCUUUAAGUCCCUCCUGGGAAAAUCCGCCUUUGUAUGUGGAAGUAUCCUGGCUUUUUAAAUAUAUAUAUAUAUUUAGAAAAAAAAAAACACAAGCAACAGUAAUCUAAGUGUAUCUGUAACAAAUUGGGAUCUAUCUUGGCAUUAAACUAUAUCAUGGACCAAAAUGUGCCAUACUAAUGACGAGCAUUUAGCACAAUGACGAGCAUUGACUGAAAUUUAGUACAGUUCUAGAUCAGUCAGUCUUAACAGUUUGCCUGCUGUAUUUGUAGUAACCAGUUUUCCUCUGGACUGUUCAAGCAAAAAACGUAACUAACCCCUUUAUCUCCUUUUGCACUUCUUUGGAAAUUUUAGUUAUAGUGUUUAACUGGCAUGGAUUAAUAGAGUUGGAGUCUUAUUUCUAAGAAAAAUUCACAAGCUAACUUCCUCUUAAUCCAUUACCCUUUAUUUUAUUAAAAUGUAUAAUUAACUGAAGAAAAGAUUCUUUUUGGGAGUAUGUUGUCAUAACAUUGAAAGAGAUUUCCCCUUCAUUUAAACAGAAUUACUGUUUUAUGUUGGUCUGCAUAUUUCUGUAUAUUUGUCAUGACAUUGCUUGCAUCCUAUUUGGUGUUCUGAGCAAAUAAACUUUUCAUUUUAAACAAAA